AUGUCUUCAGUUCCGAGAGAAAAGUGGUGGAAGAUUCAGUGGUAUUCUAAGGAUGACACGCCCGAGGAGCGCAAGUUCAUUGUCAAGCUAGAUGCCCUUCUUGUCCCAUAUCUGCUCGUCGCUUACUGGGUCAAACAUCUCGACCAAGCAAACCUGAGCAACGCAUAUGUGGCUGGCAUGAAGGAGGAUCUCAGCUUUCACGGGAAUGAACUCGUGCAGCUACAGUCGAUGUAUAGUAUCGGCGUCGUGUUUGGACAGAUCCCCUUUGUCUUCCUAUUUACUUAUAUUCCCAUGUACUGGACCAUCCCCCUCAUGGACGUCAUGUGGGGUGUCUUCACUCUGUUGCAAUAUCGCGCCAACUCAUUCGGCGAGAUGGCUGCGUAUCGAUUCUUUGCCGCCUUCUUUCCGGCUGUGCACUUUGUACUUGGGUCCUGGUAUCGAGGGCAUGAGAUUAAUCGCCGUGGUGGCGUCUUCUACACCGGCUAUGGUCUAGGAUCCAUGACUUCCAGUCUUCUCGCCUCGGCUGCAACAUCAAACUUGCAUGGGGUGUAUGGUCUAGCUGGAUGGCGAUGGCUCUAUAUCAUCUGCUUCGUCAUCACCGUCCCAGUUGGUGUGAUCGGUUUCUUCGUCCUACCCGGAACGGUUGCACAGCCCAACCGUUGGUUCCUGGAUAAGGAAGACGUUGAAAUUGCCAGAAGACGACUUGAGCGAGACGGGCACAAGACCUCUGGCAAGCUAAAGGUGCGCCACAUGAGACGCACCCUCACUUCGCCACGGUUCUGGGCAGUUGCCUUCAUUGACGUUCUCUGGAAGAACGCCGGUCUGUACAAGACUCAGGGCAGUUAUCUCCUCUGGAUCAAGAGUCUUGGUCGAUACAGCGCCUCCAAAGUCAACCAGCUGGGAUCUAUUGCGCCGGGACUGGGUAUCUUUUGGGCUCUAUUGGCAUGUUUCGCUUCCGACCUCCUAAUCGGGCCGGUGUGGGCUAUUUGCUUCUCAUCGCUCUGGAACUCGGUAUGCUGCCUUAUACUCACAAUCUGGAACGUCCCCGAAGGCGCUCUUUGGUUCGCCUUUACUACGUCAUUCUGGGCCAAUGCAAUGUCGACCGUGUUUCAUGGAUGGGUUAACAACCUCCUUCGUGAUUCUCCUGAAGAGCGAUCCUUCACCUUGGUGCUGAUCAACACCAUAGCCGAAGCCACAACUGCAGUAAUUCCUCUAGGGGUUUUCAGGACGAUAGAGUCCCCAACUUUUGUGAAGGGCUAUCCCUUCUGCUUUGGCUGUGCAGUGGGCGUCAUUGCUGUAACGCUGGCCUUGGCAUGGUACGAGAAGCAUAACCAGCGACUCCGAGUUCAAAGAGAUGAUGCGGAAGACUCAGGGUUGGAAAAUAACGAGUCUAUUCCUGUGACUCCCAACGAACAAGGGUUUAUUAUCCAGCCUUCGAAUCAUUCGAAAGGCUAA